AUGCCUCAAUCAUCAAAAUCCGAGGGCAAGAGGAGACACGUCACAACGGCGUGCACCUUUUGCCGGGAGAGCAAGAUCAAGAUGCCGACGGAAGAGGCCAAGAGCCUCGUCCGCAUACUAAACACGUUAGGUCUCGAUACGGUUCUGGCAGCGCCAGAGCAGAAGGAAACACCGCCUGUUAUUGACCCCGUGUUGUCUCAGGAAACAACACCGCCCCUUGCGCUCCCGGCACCGACUUGGGAUCAUGUAGCACAGCCGGGCCAGCUGCCCUCGGGCUUGUCCUUCUCUUUUGACCCUGAAACUUUCGGUCUGUUCGGCCAUGCCGGUGUACAACCCCAGCCGGCUCAGCGUCCGUUGCUGAACACCACGGCACGAUCCAUUGCCGACUGGGAAUGGAGCCCUGACGAGGACGACCACAGCCGUCCACCAAGAGUAGACAUAGCCAGCGUACGGGCUCCAAGUCAUCCCCUGUUGAGCACCUACUCGGAGGAGGCUGCGCUGAGCGAUAAUGACGACGAAGACGACGCCGGCUCGGACACCACGGAGGAGGACCUCUUGAACCAGCUUUCGGACCGCCUCGGCUCCAUGCACAUCGACCCCAACGGCCGGAUAUCCUAUUUCGGCCCGACGUCCAACUUCAGGCUCGUCGAGCUGCCCGCCGGGUCGGAUACCCUGUCCGUCGACCGCACGGUGCGCAACGACGGCCAGGAACACCUCGACAAGAUGGGACUCGGCAAGCCGGUGCCGCCGGACCUCGAGGAGCACCUGAUCAGCCUCUACUUUGCGUGGCAGGAUCCCUAUACUCACGUCGUCGACCGGGCUCUAUACGAAGAAGCAAAGCACAACUGGAUCUCUCGGGAGGAGGAGACGCCGUAUUACUCCGAGGCGCUCAAGAACGCAAUGUGCUGUCUGGGCGCGGCUUUCGAACCCCGCUAUCACCCGAACUUUGUGACGUUCCCAAAGUCUCUCCCCAUAUUCUUCGCCGCGCGGGCCAUGGUCCUGCUGGAGAUUGAGCUGGACUCGCCUUCGGUCUCGACGGUCCAGACCAUGGUCGUGCUGAGCAGCCACGAGAUUGGAGCGAACAGAGACUCUCGCGGCUGGCUGUGUAGCGGUACGGCGAUCCGGCUCGCGUUCGAUCUUGCGCUGCACAAGGACAUGACGCCAUACGUUGAAAAAGGUAUCCUGACACCCGCCGAAGCCGAGCUUCGUCGUGCUAUCUUCUGGGGCGCGUACACCAUGGAUCAAGCGUUGGGGUUCCACAGAGGCCGGCCCUUCCGCAUCAGCAUGGACGACAUCACGGUCCAGAAGCCAAGGAAGACCUCGUUGCAUGAACCUGUCACGCACUGGGCAGCUUAUACUUCGUCCCAAAACCGCAGCAACCCUCCGUGUUCUCUGGUCGACUGUGUCGAUGACGUCUGUUUUUACAAGAUCGAGUUGUGUGAAAUCGUGGCUCCUUUGGGUCACACAUUAUAUGGCAACUCCAAGAUUCCGCUCAACAUCUUGCAAGAAAUCAGCGAGAAGGUCGUCACAAGACUGUUUCUCUGGAAAGAGUCUCUACCUCAGAGUCUCCAGGUUGACCCGGAGGACGCUAACAAGACACAUCUCCCGCAUGUUCUUCUGCUACACAUGCAAUACUAUCAAAACGUGAUACACACCCACCGGCCGUGGAUGUCGUCGAGCUACAUCCAGCCCCAGCCGCCCCAGGGCCCGGGCUACAUGCACGCGCAGCGCAUGUGCAUCAAGUCCGCCACCGCCAUCGCGAAGCUGAUACAGACGUACGAACGGCAGUUCUCCCUGAGGAGGGUCAACGUCCAGAGCGUCGCCAUCGUCUUCUCGGCGGCGAUCCUUCUCAUCUUCGCCUCCAUGUCGCGCCGCCGGAGGCGGCGGACCGCCGAGACGACGACGCACCUGAGCAUGUGCUUCCGCGCCCUUGAGGAGCUGUCGGCGUCGUGGGACUGCGCCAAGCGGGCGCGGGACUUCCUCCUCAUGCUGCAGCGCAAGUGGGAGCUGCGGUCCCGCCGGCUGAGCCCGGGCGCUCGGGACCCCGCGCCAGCGUCUUACGGCUGCUUCGUGCGGCCGGGCGAGCACAUGUCUCGGAAGCGGGUGAGGACAGGCAGCCCGGUUGGUCCACACCCACAGAGCGUCGAUGGUUUCCAGAACAUGACGCCGGCUCAACAGGGAGGCCUUCCGGCAGAAGACCAAAGAGAGUACCAUGAGGGCAUCAACCUGGACAUGAGGCUCGACCUUGACUGGGUUUUCGGUGCUGGCGCCCAGUCUAUACCGGGACACUGGGAUGGUCUGCUGCCACCCGGCGCAAUGUUUUUUGAAGACGGCGCGGCUAGUUAG